AUCAAAAAAUCAUUGUGUACUCUUAUGUAAAAAAAGUUACUUUAUAUUUAAAUGUUCUAAACAUUAAAUGCUGGUGUGAUUAUACAGAGUAUUAUUUUACUCUGUAACAAAUACGAAGUAAUUAAAUUAUUAUUUUUGAAUAACAUAAUAAUUUAAUUAAAUAGGUAAAGAAAAAAUUAAGAAUGUGGAUCGUAUAAAUGAAAUUAAGUAUGAGCCAAACCAAAUCUCUCACAAAUCACCGAUUCAAAAUCAUCAUCUCUGUCAAAUUAAUUCUCCUCCUCGAAAUCGAAAUUGAAGAUCUGAGAAAUGGCGGGGCAGAGCAAGGAAGAUCGGAUGAGUCUGUUGCCGGACGAGAUACUGAUCAACAUACUCUCCCGGAUUCCGAUCUCCGACGCGUGCCGCACCGGGAGGCUGUCGAGGCGGUGGAGGAACCUGUGGACUCAGGUCUGCAACGUCUGCUUCUUCGACGACUACGAUGACAUCCUGGUGCAUAACAUUGCGGCGGAGGACGGAUUCUUCUCCUUCGUCGACCGCCUUCUCAGCCGCUGCGCCUCUUCCAGGAUCCGCCGGUUCUGGAUUCAGUUCAAAAGCCGGCAGGAGGCGGAUUUCUCGGCGGUCAAUCGGUGGAUUCAGUUCGCCGUCGAUCGGAACGCCGAUGACAUCCUCCUGAUGCAACAGGAGGCAUCUCAUCCGAUACCCAUUCCGGAGAUUCUGCUCUCACAUCUCACCAUAGAGAAGCUGAAGCUCAAGUCUUUCGCCUUCGGCCAGGAAGACCGCGCCAUCAACUGGCCGUUCCUCCGGAGCCUCUCCCUCGGCUCCGUCAACCUGAGCGACAAAGCCAUGGCGAGCCUCCUCCAGGGCUGCCCCGCCCUGGAAACCCUGGAGCUCGUCCACUACGGCUACUUCCGGGAGCUGAGGAUCGGGUCGGCCCGGCUCAAGAGGCUGAUACUGGAGAGCUGUUUCCCUCUGGGCUUGGGGUGCGGCUACGGGCCCUGGCUCGACAUCCACGCGCCGCACCUCCGGCAUCUCGAGAUCUACGGCGCCGCCGACUGCCGGCUUCUGGGCGCCUCCUCCUUGGCCGACGUGACGCUUGAUUGUGAGAUGAAGCUCUACCGCGUCCAUGACUUUCUUGCCGGCGCGUGUCACGCCAAGCGCCUCUCCUUAAGCCCCUGGUUUCUCGAGGCUCUUUCGGUUUUGGAAUUCAAUGAAUUAUCAGCGGUAAAGUUCAAUUGCAAGGAACUGGCGCUACAUGGUCACAUCAUGAGCUACAACAUAACCGGAAUUGCAACAUUCUUACUUGCCUUGCCUCAUUUGGCUACCUUUGAGGUCUACUUAGGCUCCAUGACGUUUUUCAGGGCACCCUUGAUAUUCAAAGCCGUAGAUUGUUACGAUUCCAAUUCCGAUCUAACCAUUGUCCCUCACAAUAAUAUGGAAGAGUUACUGAGGGAGCCAUGUACUGAAAAAGACAAAGAGGGUUGCAAGGAUUCGAGCUUCGAUGAUUUGAACAAAGCCCAGUUGAAUAAUUUGAAGGAGUUCAAGCUAUUCCAUAGCUAUUGGUGCUGUUCGGACGACCGUUUGGAUGAGCUGUCUCAGCUUGGAGAGCUUGUUUUGAGAAGGGCCGCAAAUUUGGAGAGACUGUGUUUGGUUGCGAAGAAAGAGUGGCAAUGCGAGCAGUGUUCCCGGAAUUGUGGAUCCGAGUUGUUCUCCAAACUCGCCCUGCACUUGAACCAGUGUCCCAAACUCUCUCCCGAUGCACUCAUUCACAUCUCUGAAUCCAAUGCCCACCUUUCUUAGAUAUGUUGCAAGUGGGUUCUUCGAAUAAGUGAUCUUUCCUUAUCCCUGAAGCGUUCGUGUUUGGGUAAUUGGAGAUGUCCCGUCACCAAAACCUCUUCCAGAAUUUGAAAAAGUUUGAUGUUUUCCUGUUCAGGGCCUUGUCUACGUGUAAAGUUGCACAGAAACAAGGGCGGCAAGUACUCAUAAGAGACAGGGUCGAAAACGACGGAAUACGAUUAUUUUUUUCAAAGUUUUACAGAGAAUUUAGGCGUCGUCGGAACAUCCUGGAUACCCAAACGGGGACAAAAAAUAUCAUUUAUUUGAAGAAUUCGUGCAAGUUAAACGGCUCAACUAGCUUGGUUUCUCAUGGGGUUAAGUUGCUUAUUGGUUUUUUUCAAAGAGUGCUCAUUUGUGGAGUGAUCAUAUAGAGUUGUAACGAAAGUAUUGAAAAGUUAAAUGGGUAAGUGUUAGUAAUGAUGAUUGACCCCGCACGCGAGCAAUCCGUUUAUACUUAACCACUCAUUC